AGAAAAUGGCGACGGCGGGGAGCCGGACCUCGUCGUCAGGACCGUUGGACUCAAACGGCGGCGCAGACGGGGGAGACGCACUGCGGGGAAGCUCCAGCGUGCCCGGUCUGCCGAGCGGUCCCGGCAAGGCGAAGCGAAGCGCGGCGGAGAGUUCGCAAUGGAGACGUAGAGAGCUGCGGAAAGUGAGGAGUGUGGAUCUGGACGUAGCCGAGUCGCUGCUGCUGGCACCCGAGACCGGGGUAGCCCCCGCGGCGGCGCAGCUCCACUUCUCCUCCGUUUCCUCUCCCGGAGCGGUCCAGGCUGCUUUACUGCAGCAGAGUCACCGCGUCCAGCACAGCAGCUCACUGACUGAACACCCUCUCACUGACAAGGCGAGCAAUAGUUUGGCCACUGCUGCUCAGGAAUUGUUGAAAAGUUCGUUUAAAAACGGCAGCGACCAACUCAGCGCUGAUAAUGGUGCUACCGGAACUUCAAUGGAAGUGAAUGCUAGCCAGCAUAGUCGUGACAUGGAAAAUAAGGAGACACUGCGUGGGCUGCAGAAAAUGGAGGAUCGGCCGGAGGAGAGAAUGAUCCGUGAGAAGCUCAAGGCCACCUGUAUGCCCACCUGGAAACAUGAGUGGCUGGAGAGGAGGAACAGGAGAGGCCCUGUGGUGGUAAAGCCCAUCCCCCUUCGGCCGGAUGGAAGUGAGGCUGGUCGGCAGGGUCUUGAAGCCGGCAGCGACAGCAUGAGCUCCUCUUCCUCUCUGAGCAGGGGUCGCCGCAGCCCCUCCCCUGGACCCUCCUCGUCCUCUGCUUCCUCCACCUCCUUAUCCACCAAAAUCGGCAGCAAACCGGAGUCUCCGGGCGUUCGCAGGAAGAGGGCAUCCCCAGUCCCUUUUCAGAGCGGCAGGGUAACACCCCCUCGUCGAGCUCCAUCACCAGAUGGCUUCUCACCUUACAGCCCAGAAGAGACCAAUCGCAGGGUCAAUAAAGUCAUGAGGGCCCGUCUCUACCUGCUCCAGCAAAUAGGACCCAAUUCUUUCUUGAUCGGAGGAGAUAGCCCUGACAACAAAUAUCGUGUGUUUAUUGGUCCUCAGACCUGCAGCUGUGGUCGAGGGGCCUUCUGCAUCCAUGUUCUUUUCGUCAUGUUGAGAGUCUUCCAGCUGGAGUCCUCAGACCCACUGCUCUGGAGAAAGACCCUCAAAAACUUUGAGGUGGAGAGCUUGUUUCAGAAGUACCACAAUCGGCGAAGCUCACGGAUCAAAGCCCCCUCUCGCAACACCAUCCAGAAGUUUGUUUCCCGCCUGUCCAACUCCCACACCAACUGCACCUCCAGCUCCUCACCAUCCAGCAACGAGAGCAGUAUGAAGGACGAGGAAGAGCAGAUGUGUCCAAUCUGUCUGCUGGACAUGCUGGAUGAGGAGAGUCUAACUGUGUGUGAGGAAGGAUGCAGGAAUAAGCUGCACCAUCACUGCAUGUCCAUAUGGGCAGAAGAAUGUCGAAGAAACCAUGAACCCUUAAUCUGCCCUCUGUGUAGGGCCAAGUGGAAGUCCCAUGACUUUUACAGUCAUGAACCAGCAUCUACAGUGGAGAGCUCCACAAGUCGCUCCCAAAGCCAGGUAACUUCAUCCACCGCUUCCUCAUCCCCCCACGCUGAAGGCCAGAGAGCAGCCCAUGAGGGAGAUUUCUCCCUGCCCCACUAUGGAGUGCAGCAGAUCCCUCAGUCAUACAAAGAGCUGGCUGAGCCUUGGAUCAAGGUGUUUGGUAUGGAGCUGGUGGGGUGUCUCUUCUCUCGAAACUGGAAUAUCAGAGAGAUGGCCUUGAGACGGCUAUCGCAUGACGUGAGCGGCGCUCUGCUGCUGGCCAAUGGUGAGCGCUCAAUGGCAAGCGGAGGUGCUGGAGCAGGGGCGGGGCUUGGAGCAGCAGGAAGUGAGAUCUCAGGGGAUGUGGUGGUUGAAUCCUGCUGCAGUGUGCUCUCCAUGGUCUGUGCAGACCCUGUCUACAAAGUCUACGUGGCUGCAUUGAAAACACUGCGGGCCAUGCUGGUCUACACGCCAUGCCACUCUCUGUCGGAGCGCAGUCGCCUCCAGCAGCUGCUCCGGCCUGUUGUGGAGACCAUCUUGGUCAAAUGUGCCGAUGCCAACAGUCGCACCAGCCAGCUAUCUGUGUCCACACUUCUGGAGCUCUGUAAAGGGCAGAUAGGAGAGCUGGCUGUUGGCAGAGAGAUUCUUAAAGCAGGAUCCAUUGGUAUAGGUGGGGUGGACUAUGUGCUGAAUUGUAUCCUGGGCUCGCAGACCGAGGCCAAUAACUGGCAGGCUCUGCUGGGCCGCCUCUGUCUAAUCGACAGACUGCUGCUGGAGUUCCCAGCCGAAUUCUACCCUCAUAUUGUCUCAGCAUCAGACUGUGGACAGCCCCAGAAUCAGGUGGAGAGGUACAGGACUUCCCCAUCUAAAUAUCAACAUCUGUCUGUUCUGAUGGAUACAGCAUUAAGGUGCCCUGUUACAAUGUACCAGAAGCUGCUGCCUCUGCUGAGCUUUGCGCUGCAGUCCAUCGAUAACUCUCACUCCAUGGUGGGGAAGCUCUCUCGUCGUGUAUUCCUAAGCGCCGCCAGAAUGGUGGCCCGCGUGCCUCACAUCUUUGUCAAAUUGCUGGACAUGCUGAGCGUCACCAGCUCCACCCACUAUGCCCGUAUGCGCCGCCGUCUGCUGGCCAUUGCGGAGGAGAUGGACAUUCUGGAAGCUAUCCACCUAGGCCUGGAGGAUGUGCAGAUGGCUUCUGGCCAGCACCAGCACUGUGAGGCCUUUCUGGAACCUUCAGCACCUCACAACUCACCCAUUUCCACAGAGAGAAACUCACCCACACUUGGGCUGCAGCACCCUGGCACGACAGGGCGAGUAGGUGUGGCCGGUGCCAAACCUGCAGAUGAAAUCGCAGAGAGGCUAGCAGCUAUGACUACUACCACCAGCCAUGCUGACCAACCAAAGCCACCAGUCCAGCUCCGCUCUAGACCCGUGAGCCAGUGUCUUAAUUCGCCCUCCUCCAGCCAAGCACCCACCUUGCCCUCUCCUUCCACGUCCCAUGCCCCAGCUUUCCCACCAGACAACCCCAAAGCCCGGCCACAAAGUUUUGUUCUUGGCAAGUUCACACAAUCUUCCCCUGGUGCCCAGCGCAAGUUCCCUAUACAGAAGGGAGCUGGUGGGGCCAGUAAGGACCUAGAAAAGUUACCUUCACCCGUGUUCUCCCAAGCAAGGCCACUGCCAUCCACUCAGAUCCACCGCCCCAGACCCUCUAGACCCUCCCCUUCCACCUCUUCUGAUGGCACUAAAGCACUGUGCCUUGGAGCCAAGAGCAAUAUGAAGCUUGAGCUUCAGGACCACCAGUCAGCAGACAGUCCUGGUUCUGUGUUCAUCCCCAGUGAUGAUGCAGUCUUCACACCCGUGGAAGAGAAGUUCCGUGGCCUAGACGCUUCAGCUGAGCUCAACUCUAGCAUGGAGGAUCUUCUGGAAGCUUCCAUGCCAGCAGCGGACAGCACCGUGACCUUCCAGUCAGAGGUGGCUGUGCUGUCUCCUGAGCAGCCUGGCACCAGUGAUGACACCUACAAUGAAGACAUGACUCAGAACCAGAAGUGCAAGGAGAAGAUGGAAGCUGAGGAGGAGGAGGCACUGGCCGUAGUCAUGGCAAUGUCUGAGUCUCAAGAUGCCCUGCCCGUCAUCCCACAGCUGCAGGUGGACAAGGGAGAGGACGUCAUCAUCAUUCAGGUGGAUACCCCAGAGACACUACCUGGUCAUACCAAAGCGAAACAACCCUACCGUGAGGGUCUGGAGUGGCUAAAAGGUCAGCAAAUCGGCCUGGGAGCAUUCUCCUCCUGCUACCAGGCACAGGACGUUGGCACUGGAACACUGAUGGCUGUGAAACAGGUGACGUAUGUGCGGAAUACCUCCUCAGAGCAGGAGGAGGUGGUGGAAGCUCUGCGGGAGGAGAUCCGGAUGAUGGGUCAUCUCAACCACCCCAACAUCAUCCGCAUGCUGGGUGCAACGUGUGAGAAGAACAAUUACAACCUGUUUGUGGAGUGGAUGGCAGGUGGCUCCGUAUCUCAUCUCCUGAACAAGUAUGGGGCCUUUAAGGAAGGCGUGAUUAUCAACUACACAGAGCAGCUACUCAGAGGCCUGGCCUACCUCCAUGAGAACCAGAUCAUCCACCGUGACAUCAAAGGUGCCAACCUGCUGAUUGACAGCACAGGCCAGAGGCUGCGGAUAGCUGACUUUGGCGCGGCAGCCAGGCUGGCCUCCAAGGGCACGGGUGCAGGCGAGUUCCAGGGCCAGCUCCUGGGAACCAUCGCCUUCAUGGCCCCCGAAGUGCUGAGAGGGCAGCAAUAUGGCCGUAGCUGUGACGUUUGGAGUGUGGGCUGUGCCAUCAUUGAGAUGUCUUGUGCAAAGCCCCCUUGGAAUGCUGAAAAACACUCCAACCACCUGGCCCUCAUCUUCAAGAUUGCCAGUGCCACCACAGCACCCACCAUCCCCCCGCACCUGUCCCCAGGCCUGAGGGACGUCACCCUGCGCUGCCUGGAACUACAGCCUGCUGACCGGCCCCCUUCCAGGGAGCUGCUCAAACACCCCAUCUUCCGCCUCAGCUGGUAACCCCAUGCAACCCCGCCAACGUAAUACUACUACUAUUACUAUUACUACUGAAGGGCCUGUGUGGCCUGUACCCCCUCACUGCUGUCAUCUCCUCAGCACUAGCACUAGCUCAGCCACACACAUACUCUCACAGUGGGGUCCUUACUGCUGUAGCCUCAGCACAUGAUGCAAGAACAGCCCACCGUAAGCCUCCUCUACCCUGCGAGUGCCUUUACGACAGUGCCAUGUCCCAAUACGACAAUGCCAUGUUCAUUAUAUUCUGUUUCUGUCAAGGCGAGUCCCUGUGCUAGGUGGUGAACUCUUCUUCUUGCACUUUUAUGUUGAUAAUUUCCAUCACAGAAAGGUGCUGAAGAGCUUUUAGCGUCAAACUUUUUGUAAGCAGUCAUUUCAGUUGGUUUAAGAUUCCAGACGUUUGAGAACAAGAGUUUAAAGGUUCAAAGUAAUGAUGUCUGUUAUUAACUGGUAUGUUUUUUUUUUGUUUGUUUGUUUUUUUUUUCACUUUUAAGUGACUUUGUAUUUGUGCAUUUUACUGUUGGGCCAUCAUGUUUUUCCAUACAAUGUACAACACCAUGAACGGGUUUCAGGGAAAGGUAAUUUUGAAACUUGGCUAGUUCAGCUAGCAUAAUGCUGAAUGUGAAUGAUUAUAAUGCCGGUAUUUGUCUAAAUGUUUUUAUUUUCUCCAAAUCUCAAUGGAAAUCCCAUGUGUAAAUGUAUAAUUUUUACAUAUUGAGGAGUUAAGGAUACAUUUUUUUAGCUUUCUGCGUUUAACUUUGAUUCAGUUUUGGGAUCUCCGUUAAAGCGGUCAUAAAGGCUUUAAAGGAAAGUUUCAAAACGACGUCCCAGUUGAACACCCUCACUGAUCUCUUAACUCGUGAUGUUACUUUAAAGAAAAGUCAUUUUGCGGUUCGUUUUUUUUUUUUGCCUUUUCUGUUGGACAUUAUCAGUAUGAGCCUUCAGCUAAAGCUGUCAUUUUAUUAAGAAACAUCUUUUGACUAUUUUUUUCCUCAUCAGCCGUGUUCUUGGUGCUUGUUCAGUCAUCAUGCUAAUUAUCUGAUUUAUGUUUUUGGUUUUAUUUAAUUCAGUGGUUCUUAAAGAAAAUCUCCAGUACGUGUUUUGAAAGGAUCAGUGUCCACCUGAGCAUUUCUGGUUCCAUCUCAUGGUGUUCUUUUUCUUUGUAAUGAAUUUGAAUGCUGUUGAACAUUUUGGUGGAGGGAUAUUACUGAGCUUAUGCCUUUCCUUCUCAUAAAUGUUGUUAUAUUUGGAAGUAAAUCUGCUCCUUUCUUUUGGAGUAGAAAUGUUGAGCAUGUUAAUCGUAUGAACUGUAACUCUUCAAGUGUUGGUGUUGUAGUUGUAGUCAAAGGAUGAUGAGGAUCAUUUUUGAAAAAUCCAAAACAUUUGCAAAAUAUGCAUUACAGUGCUAAUGUCAGAACUCCCUUCACUCGGUUCGAGUGAAGUGACCUCGAGAAUUUGUGACAAUUUAAAGAUUAUUUUUAAAAGAGAAAUGAAACUUUAUUUAAUGCGAGUCCUAUUUUCAUGUGGAGUACAAGCUGAUCAAGCUUGAAGAGUUAAGAUGUAAAUAUAUAUGAAUUUUUUGGUAGCUAAAUUUAUUUUACUUGACUCCUGUAUUUUUAUACCACACUUUUUUUUCCACAAAUACAUAUUUUUGUUCCUGCUUUGGAUUUAUUUGACUUUUAUCUUUCUUUUCAAUGUCUUUAUAAAAGCUUUAAAGUUAUGCACUCUUUGUCUUUUUAUAUACUGGAAAAAAUCAGUUUCAGUCAAAUUCAUAAAAGCUAAUCAGUAUUACUUAAAUAUGUCAUGCCUGUAAUUCGAACUUGAGGUUCUUCAGUUUUCUUCCUUCUGUUCUGUAUUUUAUUUUAUGCUUUUCAUUGUAAUCAUUUGCCCUUUUUUGGAUCAGAGCUGGACUGAAAGUGUGUGAAAUAAUGCUGUUUCUUGUAACUUGGUACUCUCCACCCCCCCCCACCCCACCCCCCUUCUCUUACUCCUGUUCCUCCUUCUCCUCCUCCACCUCCUCCUUGUUUUUGUGUUGUUUUUUUUCCUUUGGUUAAAAUAAGUCUAUUGCUGUUUUAUUCCAGUCUCUACUACCUCAGGUGUCCUAUAGAGUUUCCUCUACCAAAGUUCACUUUCUCAAUAUAUAAUUAUAUAUAUAAAUAUAUAUUCUUUUUGACUGUUAUUUGUUUUUUUUUUUAUCUCUUUUUCAAAGAUUUCCAGGGCUUAAGGGCUAACUUGUAUUAGCACCUUUUUAUUGUGCAAAUAAACUCAUGAAAUCUCUGGGUUAAGAAAAAAAUGAAAAUUGGCUUAAGCUGUAUCUUUUAAUCUUAAGUAUAUUGAAAUGUUUUAAUUAUUAAAGUUUUUACCCCAAUUGAAGCAUUUUAUAACAAAUUUGACUUAUUUUGGUGUUCGUCUUUUAGUAAAUAAAAAACGGGAAAAUGGUUUCA